AUGGACAAUCUCUUCUUGACGUUGGCUCAAGCUACCGGGGCGUCCGUGGAUCAAGUGAAGCUGAUAUCAUGUCUUUUGGUAUCCUAUCCAUUAGGCAGUGUUUUCGUUCGGAUUCCCAUAACACAGCCGAACUGGAGACACCUCUUCAAUGUCGCCGUUACAUCGUUCUACCUGCUCGCUGUGAUGCGCAUGGGUCUUGCAUACCUACAAUUGCUGGCCGAUAUCCUGGCUACAUACUACAUUGCGGCUAAUACGAAAGGUUCCCGAAUGCCAUGGAUAGUCUUCUGGCUCAUCAUGGGGCAUCUGACAGUGAACCACAUAAUUCGAGCUAUUUUCGACUUCGGUUACGAAACAUUCGAAAUCACUGCCCCGCAGAUGGUAUUGACAAUGAAACUUACGACCUUCGCUUGGAAUGUCUUCGAUGGAAGGAGGCCUGCAGAGGAGCUAGAUCAUUGGCAGAUGGAAAAGCGCGUUACAGACUAUCCAUCGGUGCUCGCCUUCCUCGGAUACGCCCUCUACUUCCCCGGAUUCCUUGUUGGCCCGUCGCUCGAAUAUGCCGAUUAUGACAAUCUAGUGCACGGAACUACAUUCAAAUCUCUGCUGGCGAACAAAGACGACAUUCACAAGCCGCGAAAGCUUGUACCGAAAGGCAGGAAGCGUGUGGCUUACCGCAAGAUGCUCAUAGGACUAGCGUUUCUGGGUGCCUACGUGACAUUUUCAGGAUCGUUCAAUCUAGGCGUGACCGUGCAGGGCUGGUUCGCGGAGAAGAGCAUUUUAUAUCGAAUUGCCUAUGUACAAAUCUGUGGUUUCUUCGAACGCACCAAAUAUUACGCUGUGUGGACACUAACCGAGGGGGCGGCUAUUCUCACUGGCUUUGGCUUCACCGGCUUCACACCAUCUGGUAAAUCAACCUGGAAGGGGGCCGCGAACGUAAACAUAUACCACAUCGAAUUCCCUUCAAAUUUCAAAGUACUGCUCGACUCCUGGAACAUGAAGACAAACGUGUGGCUCAGAGAAUGUGUCUACAAACGCGUCACUCCGAAGGGCAAGAAGCCGGGUUUCAAAAGCAGCAUGAUUACCUUCACAACUAGCGCUUUCUGGCACGGAGUUGCUGGAGGAUACUAUCUGACGUUCUCGUUCGGCGGAUUCAUCCAGACGGCCCAACGCCUCAGCCGCAGGCUCCUGCGCCCGCUCUUCCUACCUGCCACAUACAUUUCAGCAAAGAACGCUCCUCCUCCUCCGAAAACGCUUAUCAAGCGAGCAUACGACGUGGCAGGCGUUAUUGCCAGCUUCAUGAUUCUCAACUAUGCGGUGACGCCGUUCAUGCUACUCACCGUCAGAGACUCCCUCUUGGCAUGGAGCAGACUCGCGUGGUACGGCCAUAUCAUGGUGUUCGGCGCACUCGCAUUCUUCUACGGUGGCGGAGGGAAGCUUUUGAAGAAGCUGCAGGCAUCGAGGGUUGCAGCGGCGGUUAAGAAGAGGGAGCGGUUGUCGGAACAGGCCGAGAUCGAUAGUGGAGCGGUCAGCGAGGCGGAGGCACUCACUCUGCCACCCUAUGAUGAGGCGGCGAAGGAACUGGAGGACACCGUUGAGCUCAUGCGCAGACUGAAAGAGGGUGCGGGGAAUUGA